CAAACUUAUUUUCCCCUGUCCGUUUUUUUGCUCAGAUCUAACACUUAUAUUUGCGACCCUACUAGCACUAUUCUGGAUAACUUUGUUUACACGCCAAUCCGCGAUCCUCUCCCCCUCUCGAAAACGGCUUGGCCCCUGGCUCAAAGCAGCGGGUCGGCGCGAUGCAACGAUCGCCUCUCCACCAGAUCCACGCGUCUCAUCAGCCUAUCCCACUCCAAGACGCAACUUUGUUUUCUCCGCGCUUGCAACAUCAGCUGCAAAGCCUCAAGGCGAAUGAAACUAUCUUUCAGCAACAACAGCAACAUGCCUUGAGCGGACCUCCGCAAGCACCACCCCACGCAUUGCACUUCCAACAACAUGACUCACUUGCGCAAUUCCCAACCUUCCCAGUAUAUUUUCACCAUGCCGCGAGCCCCCAAUUCGCCUUGACGAGUGCAUAUGCGCGUACUGGCGGUGUCCAGCAUAUCCAAAGACCGAGUCACCAAACAUCGCCGCCGAUAUAUUCAACACCACAGGCCAUCCCGCAACAACCUCAGCAUAUUCAACCACCGUUCCAGUCGCAGCUUCGAACGCAGACUUGGCGGAGCAAGGCUCCGUUGGCAAACCAUGCCCAGUUCAAGGGGUUGAGGCUGGUUUCCAAUCCACCAAAUCUUGAGGAAUGGAGGAACAAGCUGUUCACUGUGGACGGUAUGAUCACAUUGACAGAGGAUGAAUUUCAAACCUACUUUCCGCACAUUGACAACGUUUACUCACACCGCUCGACGCAGCGCCACAAGCGUAAACGCUUCGUAUCUCACUACUGGGACUGUCGCCUUAAAGGUCGUCCGCCCGGCACCAAGAAGUCUACAGAUCCAGAUAAGAAGAAGAGAAAGAGGGUUGCGCGGGAGCGGGAUCUUUGCGAUGUUAAGAUCAAGAUCACAGAGUUCUUCGAUCGAGAGGAAUACGAGGAGCACAUGGGUAAACGGCCGCCUGGUGUUGAGGAGGACGAGACGACAACUCUGCAUGCGACAGGUGCGGGUACCGAUCAGGACACUCGGUACCUUGGACAGAGUCAGAUGGGGCAGCAACAAUCUGAUCCUUCGUGGGACAUAUCUUCAAAUACAGCCCAGUCUGAAAUGAACAUUACUCCGUUUGCGCCUACGCCCACCCGGUCGCUCGCUUUUCUGCCGGAGAAGGUAUAUACAAUUCAGAGGGUUAAUGGAAACGGCGGGAAUGGUAAAGGCGAUGGUGUUUCAGGACCACAUAAGCAUUCUCUCGAGGAAAGCGAUCGUGUGAAGAAGAACUGUGUUGUCAGGUGGCUGGCGAAGAGCGAGAAAGUUGUGAGAAGAGUGCAGGGUGGGGACGCCUCGAAGAAGACCUAUUACAAAAAGGCUACCGGAAACGCCUUAACAACGGCCGAAACCCACUCAGAAGAGAACAGCCUGAAACUCUAUGGAAGCUGCUUCUGUCCUUUCGUCCAACGUGUCUGGAUAUCCCUCGAGUACAAAAGAAUACCUUACCAAUACAUUGAAGUGGACCCCUACAAGAAGCCACAGUCCCUCCUCGAUGUCAACCCGCGAGGACUGGUCCCCGGUCUCCGCCACGGCCCAACAUGGUCAACCCAUGAAUCCACUGUUAUCAUGGAGUAUCUCGAAGAUCUGAACACCGGUCCAGGCCUUCUACCUCCUGACGCACAAACUCGUGCCACAUCCCGUCUCUGGUCCGACCACGUGAACCGCCACAUCAUCCCUAUGUUCUACAAAUACCUUCAAGCGCAAGAUACCAAGGACCAGGUUUCACACGCCACCGAACUGCGCAAUCAAAUCAGUAAGCUAGUUGAUGCUGCGCAUGCUGAUGGUCCAUUUUUCCUCGGUGCGAAGAUGACGUUUGUAGAUGUGCAGAUUGCGCCAUGGGUGUUGAGACUUCGACGGGUGUUGGGCCCGUAUCGUGGAUGGCCCGAACCAGAGGAGGGGAGUCGCUGGAAGAAAUGGGUUGAAGCGCUUGAAAGUGAAGAGAGUGUCAAGAUGACGACGAGCACGGAUGAGUUAUACCUGGAUAGCUAUGAGCGAUAUGCGGAGAAUCGGCCAGGGACGAGUCAGGUAGCUGAUGCUGUGAAUUCGGGGAAGGGACUGCCUUAGAGAUGGAGACGGAAUAACAAUAAGCGUAAUUUGCUCCCAUGUAUGUAUGGUUGUGUUGGCGGAUACGUAGUGUUUGGUCAGCUUUGAUCUUAAUUCGACGUCCAUAAAAAGGAAAGGAA